ACCGUGUCACAAGUUUAACGUUCUGCUUAGUGUUACAAGUGGCUCCAGCCCUUCCUUCCAGGCAUUUCCUUCCUUCUUCUGUGUGACAGGCUGCUAGGGGAGGGCUGGGAGCGUAUAAAGUUGGGCACAGACUUUUAGGCAUGACACACACCUCUACGAGUGCGGUUUUUCCUCUUGUUACCAGCUGGAAUACUUGCACUUUUCUUGCUUCCACCUUUCCCGCCUAGCUGCCAGCACACUACUCAUCGACAAUAAUAAUGCUUCUUCUCUACGGCGUUUGGGUGCUGGUCACCUGGUCAGAAUUGGCACUGUUGGCUUCAUCAUUGGCUGAGCGCCAACGAGAGUUUCUGUGCGUCGAUCAAGCCUGUUACUCUGUGUCCUGGAGCAGCAGGAGAUAUGCAAGAGCAAGAGAAGAAUGUGAAGGUAACCAGCAAGACCUGAUGACGGUGAAAAGCUCUGAGCAAGAAGAGGUCGUUUCUCGAUUCCUUUCCAAGGUGACGGAAAAUAUAAAGGUUUGGAUUGGGAUGAAACCCAAAAAGGGAUGCACAGAUGUGAACCUGCCUCUACGGGGCUUUACCUGGGUCACCGGUGAGAGUGACGCAAAUUCUAUUCUCUGGAAAGAUGAUGAACAGAAGUGUCCUAAGUCCGAUGACCUUUGUGUCACCAUGAACAAUAGGGGCACCUGGGAGGAGACCGACUGCACGUUCAAAUCGGAUGGCUUGUUGUGCGAAUCCAGUCACUCCGUGUCUUGUGAACCACUGGUGAUACCAGAUGACUACAAUGUCAUUUAUUUUCACAAAAAAUAUGGCAUGGGCCUUAGUUUCAGCCACUUCUAUCCUUCUGACACCAUGGCCAAGAUAUCUUCAUACCAGGACAAUCUGAUCUGUAAAGAUAAUGGAGAUGGACAAUCAAAAUGGACCAAGGAGACCCCAGGAGCCUGGCCUUGUGAGAUCGAGGAUGGAGGGUGUGAAUUUGAAUGUACGGUUGUAAAUGGCACCCCGGAAUGUAAGUGCCCCCCAGGAUCAACUCUUAAACAGGACAAAAAGUCAUGCUCCUCACGUUGUGAUCCCAACCUCUGUAGCCAGGACUGUGACCCAAACUCGAAGCCGCCUAGUUCUCCCUGCAGUUGCUAUGAGGGUUACCUUGCAGAAGAUGGGAAGACCUGUUUAGAUGAUGAUUGUGCAACCCACCCCAACCUCUGCGGGUACCUCUGCACCAAGAGCAAGGGCAGCUUCACCUGUGGCUGCAAAUCUGGAUAUAAAAAUGUCACCUCUGGCUGUGAGAUUCCUGGUGAGUGUGGCGUGAAAUGUCAAGACGUUGACGAGUGUGAGACCACCAUAUGCGAACACGCGUGUGAAAAUUUCCCUGGCGGCUUCAAGUGUGUUUGCGAUGAAGGGUUUGUCCUUAGCAAAAUCAAUCCCAGAAAAUGCAAAAGGGUCUGCAAUACAUCUGACUGUGAGGCUGAAUGCAAUACGAAAAGCUGCUAUUGCCCAGAUGGGUAUAUCUUGGGUGAGAACAAGGAAUGCAUGGAUAUAGAUGAGUGUUUGGACAGCCCAUGUGAGGGCUCUUGCACUAAUUUAUUUGGGUCUUUCAAAUGUACCUGUCCAGAGGGCUACACUGUCCACAGUGCUGAAUGUGUUCCCGAUGGGACGGAAGGACCAGGAGGAGUUGCUACAGAAGCCACAUCACCAGAAUCCUUCCCACAAGUGACCUUCAGCAUAGAACCAGCUAUACUGCUAGGGAUUUGCAUUGGGGUUGUAUCCAUGUUGACUGUCCUGAUAGUUAUGGUGUGUUACAUGCUGAGGAAGCACUACAUGGAUCAGCAUGACCUUGACUACAAGGUUAAUAACAAUGAGAAGUAUGUUGUACUUCAGCAGGUAAAGACGAUUCCACAAUGGAGAUUCUAGUGGUGACAAUCAGGGCCGGCCUUUGGUGUUCAGGCGCCCUGUGCGAGCUAAUCCUGUGGCGCCCCCCCAUCUU